AUGAUUGCUCUUUCAGUCUGCGAGAGAAUCGUGAUCGGCAGCAAGGUUUUCAUAAUGGCGAACGACUACACGUACAAUCGGCAACGCAAGUCGGGCCACGGCUGGUCUUGGUACUGCUCUAUGUACCACCGUGGGUGCAAGGCCACGAUCACCACAACCCACGAUCUGAUACUCACGGAGCAAAAGGGGACCCACUGCCACGAGCCUCCGAUGCUGUACCGCGUUACGUUCGCCUACAACAAAAACGGGAAGCUGAUAGCGUUGUGCGGCGGCUACACCUUCUACUCGUGCAACAAUCACUGCAACGACAUACGGGGCUGCAUGUGGAGAUGUACGAAGGGGUAUCCCUGCAAGGCCCGCUUCAAAGCCUCGCCCUCGGGGCAGGUCGUGAGGGUGACGACGUUGGUGCAUUCUCAUGACCCACCCCUCGUUGAGAUUCAUGACGGUGUUUUGGUCAAAUUGAGAAGCUUCUACUGCGGUGUACGCGGGCACAAGACUAAUAUCUGGCGGUGCACCAGGUGGGGCCAGUGCAAGGCAAGAUUCAUCAUCACGAUGGGCGGUGUCUUCGUCUCGGCCCAGCUCAAUCACACCCAUGACCCGCCCACGUUUGUCAUCCACGAAGGCAUUUAUUACAAGAUU